AUGGCGGAUGAUCGGCUAAAAUUGCUGCGAUGGGCAACAGCAAAAUUAAUCAAUGAGGCAUCAAAUAAACCGGACAAUACCGUAGACACAGAAACUCACGACUUCAAGAAGCUAAAAAAUCUGGUACGCACGAACGAAGAUGCAAUUCCGGAUUACGUCGACUAUCUUUUCUCUUCAUUACAGCGAUCUGAUUCCGAACGAAGAAAGGCAUUGUUGUCAUUGUUCGACUACUUUUUCAAUCGUUCUCACGUAUUCCGACUGCGAACUGUAGAAAACUUGCAGGAGCUUCUUCAUCUAGUAUGUGAAACUGAUCCGUUGCGAUAUCCACUUCCUGGACCAAUCACUGAAGCCAAGCAGCUGAAAGUCAGUGGAAUAAAAACUAUCAAAAAAUGGUGGGAGAAGUUUGGCGCAGGCUACGAAAAGCUAAAUCUUGUAGGAGACUAUCUGAAGGAGUCCAAGGCCGUUGAUUUUGAAUCCGCAACAGCGGAGAUGCUUGCAGAGAGAGCUAGAAAGGCAGCUGAAGAACAGAGAGCAGCUGAAAAGCUGCAGAAGAUUGCUGCAAAUGUGCGACGCAAGUUCAACGAAGCAAAGGAUGAUAUCGAACGAUGUCUGACGUCCUCUGAGGAAGCUCUCUCUAUAGUCGUUCCUCCUUUUGAAGCCGACUCUGAUGUCGGCACGCCAAAAAGCAACAGUGGAGAAAAAUCUUGUGAAUCUGAUUACGCUGAAAUCCAGCCAGAUGUUCAUGGAUACGCGACCACUGAUACAGUUUCUAUCGUACUGCCGUCAUUGGCCCCUGAAGUGACUGUCAAUGAAGACAAUGAAGCUGUCUUAGAGAAUAUACGUGAUGCCAAGGUUAUGAUGGACGUUUAUAGAAAGAACAUAAUUAGCUGGCAGCGCAAGAUUGGUGGAGCUAGUGCAGUAGAAGAUCUAAUGAGGGAUUUGACUAAUCUUAAACGAAGAAUUGAGCAGCAGUGUGAAAAGAUAGACGAGUUAAAACUGAAACCUAAGAAAAAAAGGCGUAAAAACGACGGAUCUAGUGAGAGUGAGGAGAGCGAUCUCGAAGAUGUGCCUGAAAAACAGCUGGAAGAUUUCUUCCCUCCUGAUGAAGUGCCAAAAUAUAUACUGGAUCGAGUGAACGAAAUGGAAAAAGAGGAACGGCCUUGCUGCAGUAAGUCGUUAGAACCGACCAAGAAAGAAGAGGACGCAUCUGCAGCUCCAUUUGCUAGCAAUGAUUCCCCUUCAAAACCUAAAAUUCCCGUGGUGUCUUUUGAUCUCGAUUUGAAAUAUUGGGGUGAGAAGCACAUAGAACCUGUUGUGUUGCGUAAUACAGCCGAUUGUCACAGGUUCUGGAGACCUCCCGAUGAUGACGAUAAGCCUCUCGUAAGCGAAAAGGAAGCUGCUUUCGGUGACUUGAGGGUUAUAACGUGGGUUGGAGAACCACGAAAAUCGGACAAACGUUGCAAAGCUAGAUUAUCAAGCGGAAAGCUAUGUCCUCGAAUGGACUUCCACAAGUAA